GCGGAGGUGGCGUCUGCGUUGGGGGCAGCGGCGUCGGAGGUAGCAGCAGCAGUUCUCCCGGUCUGGAACUCCAAGACUCCGCGGAACCGAAGAAAGGUAAUAACCAAUACGCGUAUAUUAUCACUCUUCCGUUGAAUAUUGGUGUGACUGGUAUAUGCAUGCCAAAUAUUUAUUAUUAUUAAAACCGGGUAAUUUAACGUCAUAUAGCUGAAGAUUAACACCAAUAAUUGGAAAACCCGGUAUCGGUUACCGUAUCGAUUUAUAUCGUGUAACGGUUUUCUAUAUUAUUUUCACAUUUUCUACAAAUCACAAGUAAAAUGUUUCUGUGCUAUAACAUAAUAAGUAUUUUGGGUUUUCCAUACUUCAAAAGAUGGAAAACGGACGAGAUAUUGUUAUAGUUUUGAGAAAACGCAAAAUACGAUUUUAAAACCCCAGUUUUUCGCAAACAGAUGCAACUCCGGUCUCGAGACUGUCGGUUACUUUUGUGUAAAAGAGCUGAAUAUUAUUAUUUUUUUAUAUUUUUACAUUCUGAGCAUAGUUAGGAUUAAUUUUUAGGAUUGUCUAUGAUGGCUUUUCCGUUUGCAGUGAGUCACUUUUUUACAAGAAAUCUUUCUCUGAUCAACAGUUGCAGACGUUUUUUUUUUUAUGGUAGGUAGCAAAUUUUGUUUAGAUAAGUUUAUUGCAAGGGGGUCAUACUUAAUUUUCUAUUGGUUUUCUUAACGAUUGGUGAAAUCGGGGAAAACGUCGGAAAAUCGGGGAAAGGAAUUUCGAACAUGAAAAAUAUAAUCGACUCGUAAUAAUUGGUCUAACCGCAAUUUGAACGACGAUUGACAAUUAUUAUUAACUCAUAUUAUUACAACUACAAAUAUAAUAUAACUGUCAAAGUGGGGCUCAGACCCCUCGGUCACCCCAUGGAUCCGCCACUGAAUAUAUUAUUACAUAAUUUUCAUAGUGUACGGAGCUAUCAGAUUAUGAGUAAAAGUUAUUCUUAACUACCAAUUUGAGAAAAAAAAAUCGUCUUAUCAAAUAUUUUAAUACUUCACUCCCACAACCAAAACCACCACUACCACCAUCGCCGCCGUUACUAACCGUGAAAUCAACCCGAAGACGCCGUCCCUGCAGCAUAAAUACAUAUAAUAUUAAAACAGAUAAACAGAUUAUAUGUUGUUGUAUUUUACAUUAUAGGCAGAAAACGGACGUCGAGAUCCAAAGAAUUCCAAGCGCCAUCGAAGUCGAGGAGACGGUCCCCGCAAACGCCCGAAGAGAUGCAAAGUCAACGGGUGAUGGCCAACGUGCGAGAACGGCAGCGGACGCAGAGUCUUAACGAAGCGUUCGCGUCGCUCCGGAAGAUCAUUCCCACCCUGCCGUCCGACAAACUGUCGAAAAUUCAAACGUUAAAGUUGGCCACGCGAUACAUCGACUUCUUGUACCAAGUGUUGCACAAGGCCAACACGGACGGCGGUGAAAUGUCCGCGGUAGGACACGCGGACUCAGAUUCCCAACACUCCAUAGGUAAGCGUUAACUUCACGAUAACAUAAUAUUACUAGGCGUUUUUUUUUUUUUUUGUGUCCAAAUGGACGCACGCCUAUUGGACACCCUAGAAUAGAGUACGAUUUCGAUUACUGCGUGUGCGUACAGUAAAAAAUAGAAUUGGUAAAUGAUUAAGUUAGUAGAUUUCGAGUAGAUAAAAUAAUCUCACCGGCGGGAGAUUGGGUCAGCCUGUAAAAAUCCAAAAGUAGACAGGACGGGGUUUUUUUUUUAUCGGAGGGGACACGCAGUAGAUAUUUCCUAAAAAAAAAUGUCCCGUACCGCGUCACAAUUUGGCAGGUCUUAAAACUGUUAUGACACCAAGAAUAAUUAUUUUUUAAACAUCAACACAAACCUAUAUUGUCGAUACGUACCAGUAUAAAUUACUUGAUUUUUUUUUUUUUUUUUAAAUAAUUACAAAGGUUAUAAAAUAGAAUUUUUGGCUAUAACCAUUGAAUAUGUUUAAUAUAACAUUACAAAACUAUAUAAAUCCGUUGCGCUGGAUUCAAUAUUAGAAAAAUAAUAUUUGCUGUUUGGAAAAUUGACUCAAUAUAGCGACGAUGGUUUUUUUUUCUCCGUAUAAUAAUCGUGACAAAAAUAUAUUACACACGGAUUUAAAAACGAUUGUGUUCAGUGCUCGCAACAGUCACAUAAUAUUAUAUUAUAAUAUUAUUUCGCGUAAAAUUACAUACACAUAUAAAUAAUUUUCGUCGUCGAGUUUGCAUUCCGAUACUUGGCAGUCUUGGAAAAAAAAAAUGUAUUUUUAUAAGUAUACUUGUCAAAACUGUUUGCGGCAAUAAUGGUUUAUGCAAGAUUAUAAAUCGAAUAAAAUAUAAACAAUAUAUUAUUACGUCUGCAGCGUCUAUCGAAAUUGCAAUAAAAACCACUGCAAUAACUUACAUGAAAAAACGAUCUCAAUUGAUUCGCCAAUGUCGCCGGACAAAUUAUCACGAUAUUUCUACGUGGGUUCAUUAAAAUAUUAUCCCCCGAUAACAUCGGCAGGGGCGCGAGGUUUUGAAAAUACCAUGGGGGGGCUCGCUAUUUUAUGAACACGUGUACAGUUUCACCUAAAUUUCAUCAUAUAUUUCUUAUUUUUAUUUUUCUUAGAUUGUUCGUUGAACAAUUACUAAAUUAUAUAGUUUUUUGUUGUUUUGUAUGCCAUAACAUUUCAAUGGUAUUAGCAAAUCAUGAAAAACCACAAGACAAAAAUUAAAAAAUUCCAAACACCAUUUAACCUGCACGAGUUCGUGAUAGAUUACCAAAAUUUACAUUUUUUUUUCUCUGCUAUCAAUACUAAAAAAAAAAAAAAAAUGUUUAUCUUUCUCAAUUAAUUUGUUAUUAAUAAAAUUAGUAUUUUGAUGAUGUGCAUGACAAAUAUUGAUUUUUUUUUUUAUAAUAUAUGAGUACCGUAGAUGGCUAAACUCCGCCUUAUAAAGCUCAUGGGAUAGGGCUGCAGCCCCGGAGCCCCCUGUACACGGCAUCUCUGAUAUAGGGACUGUUGCACCUAUGUAUUGCGUCUAUCGUAUACAAUAAAUUAAUUAUUAUGUAUUGCGUAUUGUUACGUUUGGAUACUUUUAAUGACCCCGUCUGGACCGAAUCGCAUGCCGCAAUGAAAAAAAUCGUAAGUAUCUCGCUUUAAUCUCUUUGGACAAGUAGAGAUACAAACCUUUUUUCGAUAUGGCAGGUGAAAUGAGCCAAACUCGGGAAUAUUAUAAGCCUUUUUUAGGCGGGUUACAGUGAUAACAUUUCGAUUGAAUUUCACCAUAUUGUUGCGGAAGAAGCGUUUUUUUUUAGCUUUGUAUAACCCUAUAGUACAGACCCCCCAAUGGAUUCGAUAAUAUGAAAAUUUGUUUUGGUGCAAGUAUUGAGUAUGUGCCUUUUUGGGUUUCAACUUUCAACCUCCCAUCCAACUAUUUGUGCGCUCAAAUUUCACGUUUUCAAAAGAAAUGCCGGGUUUUAAAUACUCCUAAGGGACUAAAAUGUAAUAAGAAAACUCUGGCAAACGUAAAUAUAUUUUAUAUCAAUUGAAAAAAAAAAAAUGCAAUAUUAUAACGGCGGCAAGUCAGCUAAGGGAAAAUUUGACUCUAAUAACAGAGCUCUGUUAUUCACGGCGGAUAGUUUUUGCGAAUUUCGUUAAAUACAAAUAUACAAUUAUUACGCCGCACAGUGGUUCCAAAUGAAAAUAUGCCGGUCAAGAGGGGCAAUUUUUAAUUUCAAAAUUUAGUUGUUUUAAUAAUCAUGCAGCUCUAAUGUAAUCGAAAUAUUUAUCAUUAUAUCAUACUAUACGUCAAACUCGGUGAAAAAAUAUAUUAAAAUGAUGAGUCAAUCGGUUUUAGUUGGGGAUUAUUUUAUUAUAUUCGUUGUAAUCAUAAUAAUAAUAUUUUAGCAGGUAUCGUAUUGUUAAAAUUAUCAAUAACAUCAUUAGACUCUUAUUUUAUAAUAUUGUGUUGUGUUGUAUUACAAAAAUAAAUUAUUUAAACUGGAUAUAUUUAAAUAAUACAAACUAUUAUAUGAAAUUGUCAUCUAUUAAACAACAAUAUGAUUUUAUCAAUAUCGCAUUGCAUAUUUUGCGAGAGUAAAAUCAAUAUUUAUGUUUCACCAAUACAUAUUAAUAUCUUUUAGAUACUCACAAAUACAGUUGCUUAAUUAGAAAAACCAAAUUUUAAAAAUUAAAAAAUGACCGGCAUAUUUUCAUUUGGAAACACUGUUUCCAAUAAUUCCGUAAUAAUCUGAGCAAUUUCGGUAGAUUUUUCUUAAUUAUCGGUACCUACAUAGGUAAUACGAUCUGUUCUAAUCCGUAGUUCUAAUUUCUAAUACCCCAAACGUGCAGUACCGCGGUUUCCUCAGCACGUGCGUAUUGUAUAAUAUUACGUCCAGUAUAUAAAUAUAUAUAAUGACGAAGUUGUCGUUCAAUAGGAUAAUCCGCUGUUUCGUCCCUUAUUAUUAUUUACUCGUGUCACAAACGGUUUACGAAAUAAUGUAUAAUAAAUAUAAGAAAAAAAAAAUAUAUACAUAUUUAUAAAUACAGCAUGCGGUCCAUUAUUAUUAUACACUGUAACACGGUGUAACGAGAAAAAAGUCACGUUUCACACGAUUUGGGAUAUUAUGAUUUUGUACUAUAUAAAGAGAACCGGGAGAAGAAUAACCUAAAAUAUUACGUUUAUUAUCUCAACGGUUUUCGAUUCUUGUGUCAUAUAAGCAUAUAUUCAUGUAGUAUGCAACAUCUAUACAUUACAGAUUCUAUGUAACAUAAUAAACAAAAAGAGGGAUAACGUUGUUAUAAUAUUUUGUUUUAUUUGUCGAUAUACGAAAGAAAAAUAGACAAGAUAUUGUUCGUAAACUCGUGUAUAAAUAAUGAAUACCAAUAGGUAUACCAGCAUAGGCAAUACUAUAAAGUCAAAGUUCUAGACGUGGGAUUUUUUAGAAUUGUACAUAAAACGUUGAUUUAUUUCGUUUUGGAUUAUCAGUAUAUUGUGAUGUAUUUAGUUUAACUCUUUUACUAAAAUGUGCUUUUUUUACUUUUUUUUUUCCAGUAGUAAAAAUGGUCCGUUUUCCAUAAUGUAUCUACUGCUGUCUCGUUGUUUUAUUAUCUGUAACAUUUUUUUCGACAUUCUUAGAGUUUCUAAGCCUGGACCAUUUUUUUUUGUAGUUUUCGCGGGAAUUACUCUUUUGAUUAAACGCUCAUAAAAAUAUUUUUACAUCAUAUACACGGCGAUUUUUGUUCGGCAAUAUUAAAAUUUAAACAAUUUGUCUAGAUUGCCCAUAGUUUCUACAUUUCAGAGAUCAAAAACACUAACAAGAAAUUUUUCAUUUUUUCCAAACAAAUUUCCCCUGAAGCUAUUGUAGUCUAUAGUGUGAGUAUAUUUAAAUCGUAUAACGACGACAGAUAAACCGUUUAAGACGCUGAGCGUACCGACCAGCGAAAAAUGUACUGUUUUUUUUACAAUAUACCUGUGUUUUGUUUUUACAAUUUAUUUUUUCUGCCUGUGAAAAAUUUUUCUUCCCAAUAUCUAGUUCCAAUCGUUUAGUAAACAAUUUUCCAAGGUAAUUCUUUGAUUUUCUCCAAAAAGUACUUGCACAAUAAUGGUAAAUAUUAUUAUUUUAUGCAUGCGGUGUACUGUAAUAAUAUAAAAAUCAAAAUUUGAAUGCGUUUGAAUUAAACCAUAUACGUAACGGAUUUAAAAUAUAAUAAUAAUGCGAACAAAUUAAUAUCGUUCUACUGCUGAUGUGGCUGUUGUAUUUCAACAAAAAUAAUUUUUUUCGUACGACACUGUCACAAAUCUAUAUAUCUUAUUACAAUAAAAAAUAUUUAUGAUAAAAUGAAUGUACUAUAUAAUAUAAUAUAUGCGUAAAUAAACUCGAUAUCCCUGGCAUUAUUCCGAAAUUUGUUCUCUCCGAUAAACAAUAUUAUAUAAUAUCACUAAUGCGUUUAACUCGGUUUUUGUUUAUAAACCGCGAUCGAGAUAAGGUAAACAAUAUUAUAUUAUGCGCAUUUUCAAAUUAAAAGAAGAUCAAAUGAUGAUUUAUAUAGGUAUAGGUAUUAUAAAUACAACAGAUAUUUGAAAAAAUAAAAAAAAAUAAUCCAGUAAUUUAAUUUAAAUGUCUAUUUUUGUUGAGUGCGGCAAUAAUUUUCAAUUACAGAGGGACCCAUGCUUAAUAAAUCGGUUUUUACAAAUGCAUAAAAUAUCUAUAUAAACCCUGUUAGGUUGAAUAUUUAAAUAUACACUAUGAAAUAUAAUAAAAAUUAUAUUAUAAACUUUAUACAAUCAUCCGGCAAUGUUGUUAAUCAUUUUUCAGGGUGAAAUAUUAUACCAAUAAUAUUAUUAGAGCUGUAUUCAUUUUGAAUGGAAACAAAACAGAGAUACAGAGAUAUGUUUGAAUUUUCGUCAAUAUUAUGUAUAGUAGUCGAUAACGAUAUUGCCUUAUGGUAGUCGAACAACGUGACAAGGUACACGAAGAUCACUAAAACCUAUAACUACUAUAGUCGAAAAUCGGGGGUCUUUAAGGAGGUUGAGCCCCCUCAAAACAUAUAAGCAGAAAAAUUAUCCCUUCAAAUAUACCGAGUGUUAAAUGGUCAGAGGUCACUGGUCACUACUAGAAAUAAUAAAUGUAUAGGUGAUGUACAUAUUAUUAUACGGUAACUUUUAAUAACUAAAUCUACGAAUGUGCAUUGUACAAUUUGAUAUUUUUUUUUUAAAUUUGCAAUACUAUGCCAACUAGUUGUUAUUACUGUAAAGAAAUAUUCGUUUCUUUGUUUUUCUUUGAAAUUCUAAUAACGUUAUCAAAUCAACAUUUUUUAAUUUAAAUCUCGUUAUUAAAAUUAAAUUAUGAAAUGUUUAAAGUAAUUGUUAAACAAAAAAAUGGUAAUUAUUAUUACAUACCUAAUCGUAUAUUUUUUUAUUUAUUUGAAUUGUAUACACAAAAUAUGAGUAAUGGGCUCCACUGAGAUUAUAAAAAUUACACUUCUAUUUAUUAGGUAAAUGAUUCAAAUUGCAUUACCACACAAUGAUUAUACCAUAAAUUAAAACUAAAUUAAAUAACGUUUAGGUUUUUCAUCAACAAAAUUUUUGAAAGCGUAUUGAGCGGCUUUGAUAUACAAUAAAAUAUUUCCGCCUAUGAACCUACCCGCGAUCGUAAAUCAUUUUUCUCACUAUCUCAUAACGAUAUUGUCAUAUAUUUUCGCCGAUUAGAAUUAAACACAUUGUGUAGUAUAACCGUAUUUUCAACAUUAUAACAAAACGUUUCCGUGAAUUAAUGUUGAAUAUCGAAAUAUUAUUAAGUGUUCGACUGUGCCACCGUCGGUGUUUAAGGGGCUGUGUAUAGGCAAUUUUACGUCGUUUUCGGAAAAUAAAAUUGUAUUGACUCGAAUAUUCAAAAUACAUUCGCAAAUAGUCCCGUGUUUAUUAUCAUAAGUAUUUAUUGCGUAAUUUGUGACAAAUCAUCCUUUUUUUUUUUUGUGAUCUUGUUCGUUCUAAUUUGGAGUAUGGAUCAAUAAUUUAGAAUCCGUCCGAGCUUGGCCUUAUAAGCCGUUUAAAUAAUAUUCAAUCAUACAUCUUAAGAUACAUUUUAUCUUUUAAGUUUAGGCUACUUUUCCUAAUAAAGGAACUUGAUUUGAAACUGCGUAUGUAAUCACUUUCCUCCAGAUGUAAGUAUAAUAAUGCAUCAUUUAUUUGAAGAAUUUUAAAUAAUGAUAUUAUUUGUCCCGAUUUCCUUGAAGAAAUAGGUUGGUUCCAAAUUUUUACAGCGGAUCCAAUAUUACAUUUACGGGUCAUUUCGUUCUCAAACUUAUAGUUUUAAUGAACUAGAAAUACAUGGAUUUUCAAUAAAUAUAGGAAAGGAAAAAAAACAAGUUUUAUUAGAUAGGUAUUCAGUUAUACAAGAUAUACGAUUACCGUUUUUAUUAUACUUUGUAUUUAUUUUUCUUCCAUGCAUCAAUAAUUAAUUUACUGAGUUAAAUUAUAUUUGAUUUUAUUUGUUCAUGUACACUCUUAUUGCUCUUUUGGGAGUUAAUAAAUAUUAAAAUACUAUACGAAAAAACCGAUUCGAGCGGACAAAAAACUACUUGGGCUGUGAACGCAUGGUGUUCAGAAACCAAAUUUCCUCCGUAAAACAAAGAGAACACUAACUGUGCAACGUUGAUUUUAGUUUUUCCAUUCCGCAAUAAUUACGAUUUAAAACGCUUAAAAUGAUCAGUUUUUUAAUCAAUAAUAACUCAUUUUCGUAUUUGUACAAUAUCGAAAAACCAACAAUGUAAGUUCUGCGUUUUUUAUGGUGAAAAUGAUUAGUUUCGAUUCCUUAAUCUAGUCUGCAGCGAAUGAUUUUCCUCAGAAUUAUUGAAUAUUAGAGAAUUAUUAUCUGAACUGCAGGAUAAUAUCGAAGUAUAUUAUGACUAUUGUAUUAUCAUUUUAUUCGUUAUUAUUAGACAAUUUUGUUAUGACUAAUAAUAUUCAAACGGUUUUAUUGCAUUUCUUGAACCCACUGGUUAAUGUAAUUUUAUAAUAAUACCAUUAUUUAUAGAUAGUGUCUAUCUAUAAAUCAAUGAUAAUACCUAUUUUAAACUAGGAAUCAAUUGAAAUAAUCGAACCAGACGUCUGUGCCCAUAUUAAAUAAAGUAUAUUGACGUAAAUACCCGUACGAUUGAAAUUCAAUUUAAAAUGAAAAUAAAAUGUCUACUUAGGACAUAUGUCCGAAGUUACAAAUGAAAUGGGUACAAAAAAAUUAUUAAUUAAUUUCUAUAUUCCCAUAAUUGCAUUGUGGUGUGGCAGAUAAAGAAACCAUUAAAAUUCAGGGGUUUAUUAAUUUUUCAGUUAAAAUUCCAAUGAAAUAUUUCGAUUUAAUGCAAUAUUAUCAAAUGUGCUAUCGUGCGUUAUUGUAAUAUUGUUAUGGUUAAGGCCAAAAAUAAUUUGCUACAGUACGGUUUAUAUUUUUGUGUUGGCAUUGUUAAAGGUAUUAUUAUUGUGUGGAAAAACGUCUUAUGUAAUUUGCUCUUACAAUGAUUUAUAAUAAUGUUUUGUUGAAUUCAGGCGUUCAAUAAUGUUAAGCAUUAGCGUACGCAGAAUUUUUCAAUGGGGGGCUUGAAAAUUGAUAAUUAAUCAGUUGUUUUGUCACAAGUUUGAAAAAUAAAUUAGGUGCAUUCUCAGUUCUGACUGAUAAUAAACAUAAACUAGAGGUACACAAAAAUUUUUAAAAAAGACGGACAUGAUUCGCACGUGGCUACUAGAUGGGAAGUUGGGAAGGUAGGACUUAAAUGGAAAUUGAAUGUAUAUCUGUAAGCAACGAUAAACCAUUGCUACCGAAAAAACGAUUCUGAGCCCUCUCCCCCCGAAUUUUCACCUCCGAGCUCUUUGAGGCUAGGCCGCUAGGGGGCGACGAGCGUGUUUUCGUAUAUGAUGCGCACAAUAAACUUCAUCAUCCAUGGAACGAUAUUAAGUUCUUUUUUUGGUUAUGCUUUUAAAUUUAAAUUUUUAUCAAUAAAACACGUUUUUGCGUUUAUUUAUUUUUUGAAUUUUACAAUUACAGACAUCACUUUUUCUUCUUUCCCGUACCCUUUUAAGGCGUAAUAAUAAUUCCGGUAUUUUGGCCUGAAAUACGAAGGCGUCAAGGGAUUUUGCUUCAAAAGAGAGGCGAUAAAUUUAAAAGCGCCUAAUAUUUCCGUACGAUUGAUAAAAGGUAUUUUGUAUUUUUUUUUUCAGAACAAGUAUCCUCCGGUACUUCCUGCACGUACGUCGCUCACGAACAACUUAGCUACGCGUUCAGCGUAUGGAGAAUGGAAGGUGAAUGGAACAACGUCAAUCAAGAAUGACGAACAAUAAAAAUAUUUUCAUUUGAAAUUUGCGGGUGCUCGUGACAAACGUGUUAAGUCACCAAAUUGUAAAAAUUGAGUACACGCCAGGAAAAAAAAACAAAACAAAACCAAAUCUCUAUUUUUCGUAUAAGAUAAUAUGUCAAGUCAAUAUUUCUAAUAUUGAACGUGAUAUUUCAAUGUGCGUUAGGUUAGGAUAAGUCGUGAUUUUUCCGUCUUAAGUUAUGCCGCGUACUGCAGUGAUUUAAUUAACUAUAUAUUAUAAUGCACCUUUCAAAUGCUUAGUGAUAAGAAAAUUGAAGUCAAUUUAACCCAUAUUAUAUUAUGUUCCUGAAUCCAGUGUCAAUUAAGUCGAGUUACUGAACAAUAUUCAUUAAAUCAAUGUACAUAAUAAGUUAAGUCCCUUUUUUUUUCUUACAUAAUUUAUAUAAAAACACCCGAGUUUUGAACGUUAAAACAUAAUUAUAGCAAACUGUUCAAAUGCUGAUCUUGCGUUUUCAGUUGAAGUUUAUUUUUGUUCUACCGAAAAGUUCUGAAACAUUAACACCUUUUUCACGCGCACCCGCGGAUUGUUAUAAACGUUACAGGGAACAUAGAGGGGAGGAGAGCGGGAUUUUUGCCCUCGAAAAUUAUUUUUGAUAAUAUGCAACCACAAGUAUUUCCUUUCGCGUUAUUAUAAUAUGUAUUUUAUAUAUAUAGGUAUUUAUUUAUAAGAUAAUAUGAAAAUACAUAUUUAUUUUUAUACAUAUAUAAUAUUAUGAUGUAGUUUUUUUUAUACUUUUAAAACGUUAAGAUAUUUUUUAUUGAUUUUUAUUACAAUUAUUAUUAUUACUUUUUUUUUUUUUUGUACAAAAAUCACUCUGUGCAGUGUAUAUUAUACUAUAUAUAAAUAUAUUUUUCUAUUAAGUUUAC